AUGGAUAAUAUACAAAAGACAAAUCGAGUUGGGAGAAAACGUCGUUCUGUUGUUUUUGACGAGUCUGAUGAUCCUACGUCAUACGAUGGGAAUUCAGAUGAGAAAACUGAUCAUCCUCUUGAGAAUAUGGAGGAGCUAGAUCCUGAUAAAUCGACCGGAAAUCAGCAUACGGAAACAGGACACACAAAUAAUGUACAUGUAACUAGACGACGUGGAAGACCUGCUCGGCUUCAUCGUGUAUAUAGUAGUCGUGGUCGUCGUUCAACGAAAUUUCUGUCAGAGAAAGUUAGUCAUUGUGAUAAAACUGUUGAACCGAGCUUAGAAGUUACUUAUGCAUCUCCCGCAUCAGUAGAUAUGUCAUCGAUCAGUAAAUUGUGUGUUACUGUGGAUGUUCAUUAUGAUGAUGAAGUCGAACAGUUGCUUAGUCCUUUAAAUUACCAAAGAACUCAAAGGAAAAACGGAGCGAAAUGA